AUGAACCUUUGCACCGUGUGCCAACAGUUUUGUCCUGAACUCACUCCGGAAGAUGAAGCGCGCAUACGUCAGCGUGAAGACAUGGACGUAUGGAUAGUAGACCGUGGCAAAAAGAAGAUUAUGCACUCAUCUUGGGAGGAAUUUGCCGCUUCUUUGAGCCAAGACUGCCCAAUUUGCUGGAGCCUGUGGAGACUCCUACGAGCUUCGCCCCUUGCUACCCCAGAAGAAGAGAAGCACAAUGAUUUUCAAAGCUGGGUGACAGGAGCUUGGGCGGAUAGAUUCGGCUACUUCUUGGAAGUGAGGCUGCCGGGUAGAGAAACCUUGACAGAGUAUAUGUUCUGCAGGAUAUGCAAGACGACGGAGGAAAGGUUUCUAGAAACAGAAAGGCGUUAUCCAAUUCCGAAUAUCCACACACCUGAGUCAAUAGCCAAACUCAUCCGUAGAUGGAGCGACGGCUGUUUAAACGGGCAUUUCGAAUGCAAAGGGAGAGGCAUCACCAGUUCAACGAUACCCACUCGACUAUUAGACAUAGGCAACACGGACUCAGACCAGUGGAAUAUUGUUGAAACCAAGGGCAACGUCGAGGAGUAUAGAAGAUACGUGGCGUUGUCCCAUCGAUGGGCAGAAAACACACCGAAAUUGCUCAAGAAUGGCGAUGGCUAUCAACUUCAACGACUCUACCAGAAUAGCCAGCUGCCACGCGACUAUCAAGACAUCAUGUCAAUUUGCCGGGCGCUCUCUAUCCGCUAUCUUUGGAUAGAUUCUUUGUGCAUCUUCCAAGACUCAGACGACGACUUUCAUUCCGAAGCCGGAACGAUGGCACAUAUUUAUCAGAAUUCUUUCCUUACCUUGAGUAUCUGUUGGGACUGUUCAGCGGCUAGUCUCUUUCGCAGCAUCAGACCUCGCACUAUCCCCCGCCCUCGACCAGCCGAGCAUCGAGAAUCGAGAAACGGCGAUUCUACGCCUCAUUCUGGAGAUUAUGCAUUUGUCCAUAAUUUCCGGGGCUUUGACAUCGACGUUGCGGAAGCUCUGAUCAAUCGCCGCGGCUGGGUUUUACAAGAGAGGUUCCUUUCUCCGAGAAUAGCGUACCUGGGAAACGAGCAGAUUUACUGGGAGUGUCACAGCCAUAUUGCCAGUGAGGCUGCUCCUCAAGGCCUCUCUAGCCUUGGCAAGCGAAACGAAGGCGCCAGGGAUAUAGACGAGAGGAGACAUAUUUCAUGGUCAAGUUUGGUUGAAAUUUAUACAAAUUGCACCUUGACUAAGAAGGAGGAUAAGCUUAUUGCCAUCUCGGGGCUAGCGAGAGCUCUAUCUGAGAAUUCUGGCGAUACCUAUUUUUCAGGGAUUUGGAUAGAGUACUGGAUCCCGGACCUUCUCUGGAAACCACUCUCAGGUGCCAUCAAAACCUCGCAUCAGAAAUAUCAGUCAGGAGACAUUCUAGAAGCUCCUUCCUGGUCGUGGGUUGGCUUCCCAGGCCCAGUCACUAUGAUUUCAUCCCUCCGCAGCUCAGAUUAUCUAUCAUCAAAUCUUCCUUCAUUCAACAUGGGCGAUAACAUUCCCGUUGCCAUGUUGACCGAAUGGAUAUUGAAUCCAACAGGUGGGGACCCCUUUACCUCCUUUCGGGGGGCCAGUUUGAGACUCAACUGUUUCCUGAUACCCAUUAACUUUAACGACAACCACGAAUUGAACCAAACCUACCUUGAAAAAGAUAGGUGGGAUUUCUUUUGUUUUGAGGACGACGAGGAUCGCGUUGGGUGUCUCUCUGACCUACGACUACGUUUCCGUCCCUAUAACGAGAUCAGAACGUCACAGAACGCACUGUUUUCAGUUGCCUUUAGCAGGCCCUUUGACUCAGACCCACGAUUGCAGUGUUUCUCAGUUCCACUGCUAUUAGAGGGGUCUCGUGAUAUCUCUACUAAUUUUACGAACACGCGGGUUCAUGGCCUUGUGAUUCAGGAAACGUCUGAGGACAAGGAUCGACAGUUCAGCAGAAUUGGGAGUUUUUUCUCAGGCGGUACGGGUAGUUUUGGGCUCGGCGCCGUCAUUAUCAACACUAUUGCGAAAUCCGACUUAGGGGUGGGUAUGGAGUCCAAGACGGUGGAAGAAGAGGCUUUUGAGUCUAGACUUUCUCAGUAUGCGGCUGCUCAAACGUCUGCCCCGGAAUUUCUGACGGCCAACGGACGGGUCAAAUGGAGCUGGUCUUCAACACCAUGGUUUAGUCAGACGUUAUGGACAAAAGUCCACCUGGUCUAA